GCUAUAAAAGUCUAGAACAUGAUGCAGCUGGCCUGGACUAGUCUUUCACUGUCUUUGUGCUCUCAAUUCUCAACAGAUUGAUAGCUUUGCCAUUGAGUCAGGGAGAGAGAUGGCUGGGAGAGAGGAUGGAGCAGCAGCAGGAGCCAUGGAAGAAGGGCAAGACAGCAAGGAGGUGAAGUGUGAGAGUUCAGAGGAUGGAAGCAGCAGCAGCAGCAGCAGCAGAUGCCAUGGCAACGACGUGAUCUCCGUCCAAUUCAUGCAGAAGAGCACCGGCGGCGCGGUGACGUUCCCGGGGAUCUGCGCCGUGUGGGGGCUCGUCGUCAUGGUGCUAGUCUACACUGUCAGCCACAUCUCCGGUGCCCACUUCAACCCCGCCGUCACCGUCGCCUUCGCCACGUGCGGACGCUUCCGGUGGAAGCAGGUGCCAUCGUACGUGGUGGCCCAGGUGCUGGGAUCCACCAUGGCAAGCCUGACGCUGCGCGUGGUGUUCGGCGGCGGCGGCGGCGGCGCGCGCGGGGAGCACUUGUUCUUCGGGACGACGCCGGCGGGGUCGAUGGCGCAGGCGGCGGCGCUGGAGUUCGUCAUCUCCUUCUUCCUCAUGUUCGUCGUCUCCGGCGUCGCCACGGACAACAGAGCAAUCGGUGAAUUGGCUGGGCUCGCUGUCGGUGCGACGGUCGCGGUGAACGUGCUCUUCGCAGGGCCGGUGACGGGGGCGUCGAUGAACCCGGCUCGGAGCCUUGGUCCGGCGAUGGUGGCGGGGAGGUACGGCGGCGUGUGGGUGUACGUGGCGGCGCCGGUGAGCGGGACGGUGUGCGGCGCGUGGGCGUACAACCUGCUCCGCUUCACCGACAAGCCGCUGCGUGACAUCGCCAACACCGCCUCCUUCCUCAGGAGGAGCUCGCGUAGGAGUUAGUGAUAGAUAUAUAGACAGAAUUGAAGCCGUUCUGUCUCUCGAAUUUGCAGCAAAAAUCCAAUCACCGUGAUGCUAAUGUUUUUCAUGCCCGUUGCAAGUGUAAAUGUGUAAUUAACGGCCCAGGCAGGCAGGCAGGCGGACCGGCCCAUCCUUCGGUUGAUUUGGUGAAAUUUGGGCCGAGGCGGAAUGAAGUAUCGGGCCGUGAUGUCAGAGAUGCGGUGGGCCCAUAGUGGGCUGCGCGAGCGGCUAGUGGGGUCGUCGUGCACGUACGUCGGUUACACGAUUCUCUUUUCUUUUUAUUUUUACCGAACUAGGUAAAAACCCAGAAGUUGCAACGAAUAUUAUAAAAGAAAAAAAAAUACAGUAUAGUCGGUCGAUUAGAUAUAUAAUGUCAUCUUCAAAGGCAGCCAUACUAAAAUAUGCUGCUAUGCUGGUGGAUCAUCUAUUCUUAUCCUCUU